UUGUUUCUUUUUCCGUUGAGUCCGUUAAAGCGCUUUGUGGCCCCGUAGAAAUAUACUGCAGAGUUUCCGUUGAAUCGAUUGUGUUUCGGUUUAGUUUACUUGCUGCUCUCGUGAAAAAGUGUGAACAGAAGAGUUUUACUAAUAAGAUUUCAGGCAUGAGUACACGAAUUUAUAUUGGAAGAUUAAGUUAUGAUGUUAGAGAAAGAGAUUUAGAAAAAUUUUUUAAAGGUUAUGGAAGGAUAAGAGAAAUUUUGAUAAAGAAUGGAUUUGGUUUUGUGGAAUUUGAUGAUUACCGUGAUGCUGAUGAUGCUGUCUAUGCUUUAAACGGAAGAGAACUUUUAGGUGAAAGAGUAACUAUUGAGCACGCUAGAGGAUCCCCUAGAGGUAACGAUAUGUAUCGAGACAGAAAUAGAGGAUAUCGAGCGCCAAUGCGCCGAGGACGUCAAGGUGGUGGCCGAGACAAAAGGUACGGACCACCCACAAGAACCGAAUACAGGCUCAUUGUUGAAAAUUUAAGUAGCCGAGUUAGCUGGCAGGACCUAAAGGACUAUAUGCGGCAAGCUGGUGAAGUAACUUAUGCUGAUGCCCAUAAACAAAGACGAAAUGAAGGAGUUGUGGAAUUUGCAAGUUUUUCUGACAUGAAGAAUGCCAUUGAUAAAUUGGAUGAUACAGAUUUGAGCGGACGUAGAAUCAAACUUGUUGAAGAUAAAUCCAGGCGCCGUCGAUCCCGUUCAAGGUCGAGAUCCAAGAGUUCUCGUUCUCACAGCAGAAGUCGUAGUCACAGUCGAAGCAAAUCCCGUUCCAUGUCGAAAUCCAGGUCUCGUUCCAAGUCACGAUCAAGAUCAAGAUCUAAGACUCCGGCAAAAGCACGCUCCAGUCGCUCUCAGAGCCGUAAGCAGUCUCGUAGCCGCAGUCGAAGCAGAAGCAUGAGUGAUGACCGAAAUGAUCGUAAGAGUCGUAGCCGCUCUAAAUCUCACAAGAGUAGAUCUCGAUCUCGUUCUCGCUCCCAGUCACGUUCACGAUCUAGAUCCAAAUCAUCAGAAAAGCGCAUGGAUUCUCCUGCUUUGAAAGAUGAUGAUGUUAGCAAUUCUGCUGAUGAUAAAAAUUGUAGCAGAUCUUAUAUAAUAUCAUCUCAAAAAACGGCAAGCAUGAGUACUCGGAUUUAUAUUGGAAGGUUAAGUUAUGAUGUUACAGAAAGAGAUAUAGAAAAGUUUUUUCAAAAUUAUGGUAAAAUAAGAGAGAUUUUGAUAAAGAAUGGCUUUGGCUUUGUGGAAUUUGAUGACUAUCGAGAUGCUGAUGAUGCUGUCUACGAGUUAAAUGGAAAACAACUUCUUGGUGAAAGGGUCACUAUUGAGCAUGCUAGAGGAUCUCCAAGAGGUAAUGAUAUGUAUCGAGAUAGAAAUAGAGGAUAUCGUGCACCAAUGCGCAGAGGACGCCAAGGAGGUGGUCGAGACAAGUACGGGCCACCUACAAGAACUGAAUACCGAAUCAUAGUGGAGAAUUUGAGCAGCAGAGUUAGCUGGCAAGACCUAAAAGACUAUAUGCGACAGGCUGGUGAAGUAACUUAUGCUGAUGCUCAUAAGCAAAGACGGAAUGAAGGAGUUGUGGAAUUUGCAAGUUACUCUGAUAUGAAAAAUGCCAUUGAUAAAUUGGAUGAUACAGAUUUGAGUGGAAGGAGAAUUAGACUUGUUGAGGACAAGUCAAGGCGACAACAUAGAUCAAAUUCCAGAUCAAGAUCCAGGAGUUCUCAGUCUCGUAGCAGAAGCAGAUCUCGUUCCAGGUCUCGCUCUCGGUCCCGUUCAGAUUCCAGAUCAAGAUCUAAAUCUCCAUUGGAAGCAAGAUCUGGACGCUUUCGCAGUCGCAAGGAAUUUCGCAGCCGCAGUAGAAGCAUGAGUGUGGAUAGAAAUGAUCGUAAAAGCCGCAGUAGAAGCAUGAGUGUGGAUAGAAAUGAUCGUAAAAGCCGCAGUCAUUCUAAAUCUCGCAAAAGCAGAUCUCGUUCUCCUUCCCAUUCACGCUCAAGGUCUAGAUCCAGAUCAUUUGAAAAACGAAUGGGUUCACCUUUGCAAAAAAAUGACGAUGUUAGCAAUUCUGCUGAUGAUAAAAAUAACUACGGAGUUAGGCCUAAGCAGAAGUGUCCGGUAUUUGUAGCUACAAAUGAAAUUUCAAACAUGAGUACUCGAAUUUACAUUGGAAGAUUAAGCUAUGAUGUAAGAGAAAGAGACAUCGAAAAAUUUUUUGAAGGUUAUGGAAGGAUAAGAGAAAUUUUGAUAAAGAAUGGCUUUGGUUUUGUGGAAUUUGAUGAUUACCGUGACGCUGAUGAUGCAGUUUAUGCAUUGAAUGGCAGACAACUUUUGGGAGAAAGGGUUACUAUCGAGCAUGCUAGAGGAUCUCCCAGAGGUAAUGACAUGUAUCGAGAUAGAAAUAGGGGAUAUCGAGCCCCAAUGCGUAGAGGACGUCAAGGUGGUGGACGUGACAAGUACGGUCCACCCACAAGAACAGAGUACAGGCUCAUUGUGGAGAAUUUAAGUAGUCGAGUGAGCUGGCAGGAUUUAAAAGACUAUAUGAGACAAGCUGGUGAAGUAACUUAUGCUGAUGCUCAUAAGCAGAGACGAAAUGAAGGAGUUGUAGAAUUUGCAAGCUUUUCUGACAUGAAAAAUGCCAUUGAUAAAUUGGAUGAUACUGAUUUAAGUGGUCGCCGAAUCAAGCUGGUGGAAGACAAGUCUAGACGUCGCCGAUCACAUUCUAGGUCAAGAUCAAGGUCUAAGAGCUCUCGGUCUCAUAGCCGAAGCCGUAGCCACAGCCGAAGCAAGUCUCGUUCCAUGUCUAAAUCCAGGUCUCGCUCGAAGUCGCGCUCUAACUCCAGGUCAAGAUCAAAAUCCCCAGUAAAAGAACGAUCCAGUCGCUCUCAUAGUCGCAAGCAGUCUCGCAGCCGCAGCAGAAGCAAGAGCAUGAGUGUGGAUAGAGAUGAUCGCAAAAGUCGUAGUCGCUCCAAAUCUGAAAAGAGUAGAUCUCGAUCCCGUUCUCAUUCCCAGUCACGUUCGCGAUCUCGGUCCAAGUCAUUUGAAAAGCGCAUGGAUUCCCCUGUGCAGAAAGAAAAUGAUGUAAGCAAUUCUGCUGAUGAUAAAAAUUAAUAUUCUUUUCACAAUAAAAGGGUGUGGUAUUUAGGUGGUAUUCUUACCUUUCUUUUUUCUUUCUCUUACAUGUAGACAUAG